AUGAAUGUAAUUCCGAAAGCACUGCAAAACAGGAUUCUGGAACUUUCUCAUGAGGGCCAUCCUGGCAUCGUCGUAAUGAAGAGGCGGUUGAGGCAAAAGGUCUGGUGGCCCGGUAUGGAUAAAGAGGUGGAAAAAUUUGUCAAAGGUUGCAAAGAAUGCAUCUUGGUGUCAGCACAGGAUUCUCCAGAACCUCUGAAACGUACAACCAAGCCUUGGGCCCAUAUCGCAGCAGAUUUCAUGGGUCCAUUGCCGUCGUGCCACAACUUGUUGGUGUUGAUAGACUAUUUCAGUCGUUUCAUUGAAGUGAUAAUCAUGAGAGAAAUAACUGCAAAAUUAACCGUCCAGGCUCUGCACGAAACGUUCUGCAGGUAUGGAAUCCCAGAGACCAUGCGAACAGACAAUGGACCACAAUUUGUAAGCGAAUUGCUGAAUAAAUUCUGCACAGAACAUGGAAUAAAACUGGUUCAAACUACUCCCUAUUGGCCUCAACUUAAUGGGGAGGUGGAGAGGGCCAAUAGGGCUCUUAAAAAACGGCUACAGAUAAGUCAGGAGUCUACCGACGCAGACUGGAGAUGGGACUUGAGAACCUAUCUGUUGCUGUAUAAUUCUACCCCGCAUUCCACAACAGGAGUGGCACCGUCGGCACUUAUGUUCGGGCGAGUGCUUCGCGAUAAAUUACCAUCAAUUUCGUUAACAUCAGAACAGUACGAGGAUAUUCAGGAUAGAGAUCGGGAGAGGAAACUAACUGAAGCUGAAUAUGCAGAUAAACGACGUCACGCGCAACCCAGUUCCCUGAACCCUGGUGACUUGGUAGUUGCUAAGCGUAUGAUAAAGGAAAAUAAGUUGGCAGGCAAUUUCAGUCCAGAAGAACUCGUCGUCGUUGAGAAAUCAGGGCAGGACGUUACACUGGAAUCAUGGAAUCUGGAAGGAUUCUGCAUCGUGACGGAUACUGAAGUCGGUGAAUCCAACAAAGCUUCAAAGGAUGUUAAGCAGCCGGAGCAACGACCAGAGACUCAGCGUCAGCGACGAGAACCUCGGAAACCAAAACAUCUGAAGGAUUAUCACCUAAGUAUAGUUCAGGACAUUUGA